AUGUGGGCUGCAUUGCUGGUGUUGAGACUGCACCGAUCCAAUUGGCACAGAAACGAAAUAGACAAAAUCAACAGUAGACAGCUCAGGUACUGGAAGGGUGGUAGUGAGAUGGCAUUCGGCCUGUUCAGCUUGGGCAAGGAGAAGAUCGGAGACACGGGAGAUGUUUGCAGCCACAAGGGCGACUGUGGCAAAUGGCCAGUUUAUUGCCUCAGCACUGAUUUGCACUGGCUUCCAGCUGAUCAGGCACAACGGGCUAAUGCAGUUGCUGCAGCAUGGAACGGAACAGUGACAGGCCUUUGCAGCAACACUACGCGUAUCAUCGUGUGA